GGUAGUCGACUUUCGCUUCAAUUCUACUUUAGUAGGAGUAAUUGUUUCAAGAGAUCCACAAUAAUCUGCUUAAAAAGUUGCCAUUUCGUUGUAUCAAAAAUCUCCUUCACGUUUUGAUACUUGAAGAUUCAGUGCAGAGCUGCUGUUAAGUUGCCAUGGAUGAGGAGAACGAGGUCGAACUUUUGCAGAGAUAUCGACGGGACAGGAGGAUACUAUUAGAUUUCAUACUCUCUGGUAGCUUGAUAAAGAAGGUAGUUAUGCCGCCUGGAGCAGUGUCGUUAGAUGAUGUGGAUUUGGAUCAAGUAAGCGUCGAUUUUGUCCUGAACUGUGCUAACAAAGGUGAUAUGCUUGAACUCUCCGAGGCCAUUCGAGAUUACCAUGAUGGCACUCUAUUCCCUAGCAUGAAUAAUGCAGGCGCCUCUAAUGAGUUCUUUCUAGUCACAAGUGCUGAAUCUUCUGGUUCACCUCCCCGAAGGCCACCUCCGCUGGUACCAGAUGUGGUAGCAACACCAAUUGUGUCAAGUCUUUCCAUUUCAGAGCCUAUUGAAAGUGAUUUGAUUGAGGAAUCACAGAGCUUGUCAAAAUCACAGUCUUUGAACUCUACACAACUCAAAGAACUAACAGUGGACGAUAUUGAUGAUUUUGAUGAUGAUAUGAUGGAGGAGAUGGAAAGCCGUAGAUAUUCCAGGAGAGUUCUGAAUGAUGCUUCUGAUGUUGUUCUUGGAUUGCCUUCAUUUUCUACUGGUAUUUCAGAUGAAGAUCUACGUGAAACUGCAUAUGAGAUCCUCCUUUCUGCUGCUGGAGCUUCAGGCGGGCUUAUUGUUCCAACAAAACAAAAAAAGGAAGGCAAAAGAUCUAGAUUGAUGAGGAAGCUGGGACGAAGUAAGACUGAACAAGCAGGAACACAAUCUCAUAAUUCCCAUGGUUUAGUUGGCCUCUUGGAGAUAAUGCGUGUCCAGAUGGAGAUUUCGGAGGAAAUGGACAUCAGAACAAGACGAGCGCUACUCAGUGCCAUGGUUGGCAAAGUUGGAAAAAGGAUGGAUACAUUAUUGAUCCCACUGGAAUUGUUAUGUUGCAUAUCAAGAACAGAAUUUUCGGAUAAGAAGUCUUAUAUAAAAUGGCAGAAAAGACAAUUAAAUAUGUUGGAGGAAGGGCUUGUGAAUCAUCCUGUUGUGGGAUUUGGAGAAUCUGGCCGAAAAGCAAGUGAUUUGAGGAUUCUUCUGGCAAAGAUUGAAGAGUCUGAGUCUCUUCCAUCAGCUACAGGUGAUCUUCAAAGGACAGAGUGUUUGAGAUCUCUGAGGGAGAUCACUAUUCCACUUGCAGAGAGACCUGCAAGAGGUGAUUUAACUGGUGAAGUAUGCCACUGGGCAGAUGGUUAUCAUUUAAAUGUCAGGCUGUAUGAGAAACUAUUGCUUAGUGUAUUUGAUGUCUUGGAUGAGGGCAAGCUUACAGAGGAAGUAGAAGAAAUGUUGGAGCUAUUUAAGUCAACAUGGCGUGUUUUAGGAAUCACGGAGACAAUCCAUUAUACGUGCUAUGCAUGGGUGCUAUUUCGGCAGUUUGUCAUCACCGGUGAGGAAGAUGUCCUGCAGCAUUCCAUCAACCAGUUGAAGAGAAUACCUUUGAAGGAGCAGCGAGGUCCACAGGAAAGAUUGCAUUUGAGGAGCUUGAGUUGCAGAGUUCAGACUGAAAAGGGAUUUGAGGACUUGACUUUCUUGCAAUCAUUCCUAAUACCUAUCCAGAAAUGGGCUGAUAUGCGAUUGGCUGAUUACCAUCUUCAUUUUCCUGAGGGAUUGAGAAUGAUGGAAAAUGCAUUAGUAGUUGCCAUGGUUGCUCGGAGGCUUCUUCUUGAAGAACUUGACUUGACAAUGCAGGGUCCACCUGUCACAGAUAUAGAGCAAAUCGAGAUAUAUGUGCUAUCUUCAAUCAAGCAAGCAUUUUCCAGAAUUAUACAGGAUGUCGAAACACUGUCUGACUCAACAAACGAACAUCCUUUAGCAUUACUAGCUGAACAGGCUAAAAAACUUGUUAAAAACAGUACAACCAUGUAUUUUCCUAUAUUAACUCUGCGGCAUCAGAAUGCAAGUGCAGUUGCAGUUUCUCUUAUUCACAAGCUUUAUGGCAUCAAACUGAAACCAUUCCUUGAAAGCGCUGAGCACCUGACCGAGGAUGUUGUUUCUGUGUUCCCGGCUGCUGAUAAUCUUGAGCAAAACUUAAUAGCUGUUAUCACAUCUACCUGUGAAGAGGGCACUGCAGAGGCUUACCUCAAGAAGCUAAAUUUGUAUAAGAUUGAGACUGUAUCUGGAACAUUGGUGUUGCGAUGGGUCAAUGCACAACUUGCAAGAAUUUUAGCAUGGGUGGAACGAGUCCUGCAGCAGGAGAAUUGGUCUCCAGUCUCAGCACAGCAAAGGCAUGGAAGCUCGAUAGUUGAGGUCUACAGGAUUGUUGAGGAGACAGUUGAUCAGUUCUUUGCUCUUAAAGUUCCAAUGAGGCCUGGAGAGCUCAGAAGCCUCUUUCGUGGCAUUGACAGUGCAUUCCAAGUGUACACCAAGCAUGUUGUGGACAGUCUAGCUGACAAGGAAGACAUAAUUCCACCCGUGCCCAUUCUUACCCGAUUCCGGAGAGAAAGUGGAAUCAAAGCUUUUGUGAAGAAGGAAUUGACAGAUCCAAGGCUGCCUGAUGUCAGAAAAUCUAAUGAUAUCAAUGUUCUAACAACACCUACCCUUUGUGUUCAAUUAAAUACUCUUUAUUAUGCGAUCAGCCAACUCAAUAAAUUGGAAGACAGCAUUUCGGAGAGAUGGUCUAAAAAGAAUCAUAGUCAAACAAUAAAAAAACUAGUAAAUAGUAACUCAAAGAAUUCCACCCAGAAGGAUGGUUUCGAUGGAAGUCGAAAAGAUAUCAAUGCUGCUAUGGACCAUAUGUGUGAAUUUACUGGAACCAAAACAAUUUUUUGGGACUUGAGAGAGCAAUUCAUUGAUGGUCUCUAUAAGCCAAGUGUUGCUCAGUCCAGGCUGGAAACUGUGAUUGAGCCUCUUGAUAUGGUACUCAGCAAGUUGUGUGAUGUCAUAGUAAAACCUCUUAGAGAUCGUGUAGUAACAGGACUUCUUCAAGCAUCCCUGGAUGGCUUAAUCCGUGUGAUACUAGAUGGAGGUCCGUCACGUAUGUUUACUCCAGCUGAUGCUAAGUUUAUGGAUGAAGACUUGGAGGUUUUAAAGGAGUUUUUCAUAUCUGGAGGAGAUGGGCUCCCAAGAGGAGUUGUGGAAAACCAAGUAGUUCGUGCCCAGCAGAUUAUAAAGUUAGUUGGCUAUGAGACUCGAGAAUUGAUAGAGGACUUGAGAUCUGCUAGUGAGAUGGAAAUGCAGGGUGGAAGAGGUAAACUGGGUGCAGAUUCAAAGACCCUUAUUAGAAUUCUAUGCCACAGGGGUGAUUCAGAGGCUUCUCAGUUCCUCAAGAAGCAUUACAAAAUACCUAAAUCCGCAGCUUAGAACAUCUCUGUUUCUUGCUUGUGAAGGAUGUUAGGCUGCUUUGUAACUACAUAGUGCGUUAGUAAUUUUUUAUUGUAUUUUUGAACUGGAAUAUGAUGAUAAUUUAUUAAAUUAUUUGUGUAUAUUUAAAGGAAAAAUGUUACAUCAA